AUGCAUGAGUGCGAAGUCGAUGGCAAGGAGACCAAAGUCGCCGCGGUCAGUUUGCAGGAGACUGAUGUUCUUGUUCUGAAUGCGAAGGGUGCACCUGCUGCAGAUGCGGUCCUUCGCUUGCAGACCGUGGCUGGCGAGCUGAUUGCAGAGUGCUUGCAGAUGAAGCAUGGGCAGUCAGCUUGUCACCUAGAAACUGAGCGUGCGAAAGCCUGUGACAAAGAUGACAUCUUCGUGGUGCUGCGAAACAGCAAAACUGACACUCCAGCUGGCCAGAACUUGAUAUUUGUGUCCGAGGGUCAGUUCGCAGAAUACUACGGAAUUUACAGCGGCAGGGCAUUCAGCAGUGCUGCUAGAGAGCGGAUCCAGCAGUAG